UCUCUCUCUCUCUCUCUCUCUUGUCACAGCUCUUCAAAAUUGAAGCGACAAUAACUGAAUCAAUACACCGGAGUUCGUGGGAAUGGCCGGCAGGGAAGUUCGUGAGUACACAAAUCUCACAGAUCCUAAAGACAAAAAACUGGGGAAGGGGAAGGAUAGAGUGGAUGAUGAAGAAAUUACUUUCCAGCGCAUGGUUGCCAAGGUUAGCGAAUCCUGCUUCUCCUUUUUAUAACUCCUAUACCUAUUAUCUAUACAUGUAUGUGAAUGUGUGCAUAUGAAGUUUCAUCAAAUCAUCAGUAUAUUGAUAUUCAAAGCUUUUGCCCUAACCAAUCUAUACAACUCUCGUAGUUACUAUGGGAUUGUCGGAAUAAGUAACUUAACUGCAAAAAAUUGCUGGAAUCAUUUGGUUGUGUAGUCUAUCAAACUUCAAGUGGACUCGUUAUAUGAAUAUUAAGCUCAAUGCUUCUGUUUCAUACAUAUCAAAUCCUGUUUUUUCAGCUAGUAUAGCCUAAGGGGGAGUUUGCAAUUUACAAGCCACCUUUUAUUGGUAGUUCACUUCUUGGUAGAGUCACAUCACAUGAAGGGCAGUGGUAAUUAGCUAAAUCUUACUAGAGUGCGUCAAUUUUUUGUCAGUUAAAUCAUAAAAUACUAAACUAGUGAUCUUUAGUUGUAAAUUCAACUUUCACAGUUCUUCUUUUUGCUAUAUUUUGUAGACUUGGGCUCCUUCCAGUAUCUUUUAAGUACAGGGAUAGUUUUCUGAUAACACGCCCCGGCAGGGAACUUGGGUUCUCCCACUGGGUGCUUGAUAUGUGCAGAUGCAAGAGGUUGCUGGGGAGAGAGGCGGUUACCUUCAUGGGCGAGGCGGUAUAUAUUCCGUUUAUCAAUUUCAGUUCAUGUGUGCAGUGCAGGUUUAUGUGCUUGAGCCUUGAGGUGUAUAUGCAUUUAGUUAUAUAAAAUUUUCUCUAAGUGUAAUAUGCAGCUUUGGACAGCGAUGAUUUACUUUAUCUGAAAGAGCAAAUGGAAGCUGAGGAAGAUGCAGAGCGUCUCCUACGCCGUACGGAGAAGAGAGCAUUUCAAGCAUUUAAAAUAUCCUUUUUUGUUUAUUUAUUUGUUCAUUAAAGAUUGUUCAUCGAGAUCAAGUAAAACAAUACAUGCAAUGCCUUGAUUAGUCACGCAACAUUGAAUGCGGUUUGUUUACUUUUCCUUAAUUGACAAUCACAAGGCUGUGGCUGAAACUUCCCCAGCACCGGUGCCCUUGCCUCUUCGUGUUGAGCCCAAGCCAAAGAGUGGAAUCAGACAGCAAGACUUGCUGAAAAGGGUGGUGGAAGUAAAGCCAAAGCGGCGUAAUGUAUGUGCAAUUUCAGAUGUCAAUCAAUCCUCUCCAGCUCAGAGUGGUCAGCCUCCUAAGAAAAAUCAUUUUGUGGUGUCCAAACACGAGAAAGAGAAAGUUGAGCCUCCCAAUUCGUUCAGUAAAGUGGGAGACGAGAUGAAAUCGGAUAACCCAGUUAAGAGUUUGCUGGCAGCAUAUCAAAGUUCUGAUGAUGACGAGGACUGAUUCAUGGAAUACAGUUGAAGCUUUUUCCAUUUGCUUCUUCUAUGCCCUUGUUUGACAUAGUACUCUUUAUGAACUUAAUGGGUUGUGAAAAUUUUAGAACUAAAAAAAAAACUGUUUCUUCUGGUCUUCCUUGGUUUCAAGUUUUUCUUCUUUAAUUUUUUUUUUUUUUUUUU